AUGGGCUAUAUUUGCACCCAGAUCCGGUCCCCCAGUGUGCUGGUCGCCGAGUAUUUCCUCCAGACGUGCCGGUCGACGGCUUUCGUGAUCGCCGGAAGCGUCCACUGGAUGUGCAAAUUCCUCAUUGUUGUAACGUAUCUCCACCUACAAAGGGAACUGUCCUGUCCUGAGUUUCGAAUCCUCCUUCCCCAGAGCUAUGGAUCUAUGAUCCGGAAAAGGCAAAGAGAUCAGCCCAAGGAACUGACCAGGCCUCUGAUCACGAUGACCAUAAUCUUAACCUUAGGCUCCUCUUUCCAAUAUGGUUACAACUUCUGGGUGGUCAACCACCCCGCGGCGCUUCUGCAUGACUUCUACAACAACUCCAUGAGGAUGAAGAAGAAGGAGCAAGGCCAGGCCAACCCGCUGAAUUUCCUGUAUACUUUAACCAAUUUGAUCUACACGAUGGGAGGCCUCACUGGGUCGCUUGUGGUUUGCCCCAUGGCUGAUACCUGCGGCAGGAAGGGGACCCUACUGAUCGCAAACAUCUUAGCUUUCGUUUCUGCCAUUUUUAUGGGUUUUUCAACUAUCGUCCACACUUACGAAUACACCAUAUUUGCACGCCUGCUCAGCGGGGUCUGCUCAGGGAUCAUCUCCUGUGCCGUACCAUUUGUACCUUGCUGAAAUUGCUCCCCGAGAAAAAUAAGAGGGGGCAUCAUGACGAUGGCGAUGGUUGCUGUCACUGUCGGGAUCAUGUUCUCGCAGAUCCUUGGCCUUCAAGACUUCCUAGGUACCAAGGAAAAAUGGGCCAUAUUGCUAAGUUUACUGGGAUUCUUGCGGUGUUUCCAGCUCUUCCUCCUACCCAAGUUCCCCGAAAGUCCCCGCUUUCUAUUGAUUCAGAGGAAGAACGAGGAGAAAGCAAGACAAGUCUUGAGGGUCCUACGAGCCAAGGAAGAUGUUCAGGAAGAGAUAGAAGAACUCCAUCAAGAAGAUAUAGCUGAGAUGGACGAAAAGGAAUUGAGCGUGUUGAACCGGCUUACCUACAAAGGUUUACGGAAGCAAAUGGUUUCUGUUAUUCUCCUGAUGGCCGGUCAACAAUUCACAGGAGUUAAAUGCUGUAAGAUCCAGGUCUAUAUCGUCGACAGUUUGGGCCGAAGAAUCUUAAUUCUGGUGGGCUUUGGCAUCUGUAGCACCUUAUGUGUCCUGUUGACCAUAUCUCAGGAACUUCAGGUACACAAGGGAAACUUGAUAACCACCUUCCUUGGGGGGGGGGUCAUGCUCAUCUUCCUCAUCGGACACGUUUUAGGUCCAGGUCCAUUACCAAAUGUGAUCAUAGCUGAACUGUUCCUUCAAUCAUCCAGGGCGACAGGAGUCGGCCUGGGGUCUUUUGUCCAUUGGCUUCUAAAUUUUGUAACUGGGGUUAUGGUCCUUCAUGUUGAGGGGAAGAUUGGAUCCUACAGCUUUCUCCUCUGGCCUCUUUGCAUUGCCAGCUUCGUGUUUAUCUUCAGGAACAUCCCGGAGACCAAGCAGAACUUCCUGCAGAUCCGGAACCUUCUGGCUGCACAGGCCAUCGAAAGAAUUAACGUCCAGGGCUCCCGACGCCGAUCAAAUCCGUUCAAAGGCUGGAUACGGGAGGCGUAA